UGUCCGUCCUUGCACUUUUUUACCCGCGAACCAACGAAUGAAACGGCUCUCGCUGGAUCCGUGAGAAUGAGACAGUAAAUGCAAAGAUGGCACAAGCCACCCAAAGAUCAGUGUCAUUGUACACGAGGAAGGCCAGCCAAAAGAUCGCUCACCUUUGCUUCGUGGUUUUCUGAGAACAACCAUGAACUCAAGUUUGUUGGCUCUUUCCUGGCUGGUUUUGACGGCUGAAUGGACAGGUGCAAUAGAGGGGCCCGUCACCACGAGAAGACGCACUCAAACAGGAUUAUCUGGAGCAAGACAGUUUGUCCAGAGCCUUUGGUACACAGCGACGUCCCUCUUCGAUUGCUCCGAUGACGAUGAAGUGUCCAAUUUUGCGAUUGCUUUGGAUCUCUUGAACGUUCCCGACGACACCGUGUUUCGAAAUGCGGUUGACAAGUGGAGCAAAGUGAUUAUUGGCGACACAACCAAUUUCACAGGGAACUUGGGUGGCAGCAGUGCCUGUGGACCGUGGCCAUCCUCCAUUGACGAUAUAUACAUAUGCGGGGAAUACAAGUACAUUGACGGACAGAGCGGUAUAUUGGGCUCUGCUGGUCCAAGACACUAUAGACCAUCUGAAGGGCUACCCCUUACAGGCACGAUGAGUUUUGAGACAGUCGACGUAGAAAAUACGAUCCAAGAUUUGUUUGGCGUCAUUUUGCACGAAAUGGCCCACGUGCUAGGUAUUGGUGCGUUGUGGACCAUCAAUGGGCUUGCCACCAGCAACGCAGCGCCCUGCACCUACAAGUCUGACUCUGCAGCCUCGAGGGAAUAUCAAGCUCUCAGUGGUUGCAACACCGCCAUUCCGCUGGAACAAGGGCAUUCCAACGGUGGCUCGAACUGUGUUCACUGGGCCGAAAGCUGUUUCCUCAAUGAAGUUAUGACUUCUGUAGCCGAUGCAGAGCUUCCAAUCACUAGGCUCACAAUCGCCGGGCUAGAGGACAUGGGGUACACUGUGGAUUACAGCCAUGCGCAGGGGUUUGAUUCCAGUGAUAUGGAUCCUAGCUGUCUCUGCAACAGACGAGACCGGCGUAACCUGAAAGGAGACACAGUGGUGCGCAAGCUUGACGGGCCUGAACACAGACAGUUGAGCGCUGAGGGCAUGGCAAAAGCCAUGUCGUAUGGACAAGAGAUCAUUGCACAAAAUAAAGAAGAAAUCAACCUUCUUCCGGAAACGGAGGGCGCUAUAGAUCUUGGAGGACAGCUCAUCUACGUUCUCUACAUGGAAGACGAAACUGUCUACAGUAUCCAAGUCACUGCUAACGACGACUGAUAGUUUUCUCUCAGAAAUACAUUGAUGCCAUUGUAGAUUACAGUAUUGGAAGACAUCUAGGCAGCUGCAUGUUUGCCCUUGCGGAUACUUGGCAUGCUUGGCAUUGAUACAUGGGAUUCCACUUCCAACUCAACUUAAUCUACACGUACAUGUAGUCGUGCAGAGAGGUACCCAGGACGUUUGAUAAGAUCAUUUUGGGUAGUCCAGGAAAUGAAAGAUGAUGAUAAUUGUUGAAUGAUACAAUCGGAUUCAUGAUGGUUUCGAUGAUUUACUCCUUCUUGGCAAUAGGGGUAGCCGUAGCUGUUGCAAUACCAGUUUGUGCACCGACAAGGGGCGUCGCGGUAGCGGUGACUGGGACGGUACCUGUUGUAGCACCAUACGAUGGAGCCGUAGACGAUGGCACAACCGGUUCGGGAGGCGUACUGUAGUCGUUGCAGUAGGCCCAGCACAUGCCAAUCAAAAGUGCCCCAAUACCAAACACGAAAAAGGCCCAGCCAAGUCCGAGGGUAAGUGCAAUGGUGCCCCCAACAGUGUCGCCAUUACAUCCUUCAGCUGCUCUGCCAUCCAAAGUCCAAAUGACCCCCAUCCACAACCACACCAAGAAAGCGAUCAGGACAAGAAUGUAGGCAGCAAUCCACGGAUCAUAACAGAACAUGUGUCCUGCUCUGCCAAAUAACGAACUGGGUCGUUCUCUGGCUGCUACCAUUGGUAUCUGUUCCGAGGAGUAUAAUGGUUCAUCACGUGUCACGGCCACAGCCAUGUAGAAUGCUGCAGCGGCGUUUAAAAGGCACAGUAUUGCAUUGACACACAGCCAUUGGGAGCCCUUGCAAUCCAAGUCAGUGAGUUGCAUCAUUCCAUAGUAAACUGAAGGCAGAUUGAAUAUGACAGCCACAGUCACAUAGAUGCUAAAGGGAGUUCUGUAGAGCUCCCCAAUGGACCGCCAGAACGCCUCACAACCAUUGGACAAGCCUUCGCCCAGGAAACUGCAGCAAUUCUCCAAGCCGUCACAAAAGCCAUCGCAGAGUUUGCCACAAAGUUGACAGGGCUUGGUACAGACAUGACUGCAGACCUCAGAGACUCCAUUGCAGAGCUCGCCGCAGGCACUGAAUAGAAAAGCUGCCAUGGUACAGUAAUAAAUCGUCAAAGAAAGCUUGCUAUUGUUGGUUUGGUUUUCCACGAUGGAGAAUUUUUUGAAGUUUAGAUCUAUUUUAAAAUAGUUGAUUGCCUCCACUCGCAAUCGGAACAGGAAUGAAUCACGCGGAAUUGUGAGGAAGAAGAUAGUUAACGCCAGCCAUGGAAUUUGGGUUUCAACGGUUGAGUGAACGGUCUAAUUACCAUAGCCAUCCUCGCGACUUAGAGCUGUAUCUUU